GCGAGCGCGGGGAGGAAAAUAACGCCGGAUUAAACGCGCAUCGCGCGAAGUGCAUCUGUCGCGAGUGCAUAUAGAGGUGCAUCGUAUAUUUGGCACGGCGGCCGCCGUGCGAUCGCGUUUUGCCGGCCGGCGAACUGUCGUGUGAGAAAAGUGCGGCCGCGGAGUUUCGACGAUUCAUCGCAUCUCCGAAAAGAAUUACGCCGCGAAGAGAAAUAAUAUAUUUCGAAAUUCGUUUCUCACGUUAGGCGGUUGCAUCGCGUCCGAUCCGUUCGCCGCCUAUAAUCAACACGAGUGUCAUCAAUGAACGUAUGAGAGACGUGCCGCGACAUCCAAUGGCAGAAGGAAAUGGGGAAAUAAAAAUGGAAGAAAAGCAAGACAUGGAAAAUUUGGAACGGACAGAAGAUUUUAACAAACUUAUGCAAUAUGGGCUAGAUGAAAAAGUGGCUGCCAAACUGGAUGAGAUUUAUAAGACGGGAAAAUUGGCUCAUGUUGAUCUGGAUGAAAGAGCUCUUGACGCUUUAAAAGAAUUUCCAGUUGAUGGUGCACUAAAUGUGCUUACACAAUUUCUGGAAUCUAAUCUAGAACAUGUAUCUAACAAAUCGGCAUAUCUUUGUGGAGUAAUGAAGACAUACAGACAGAAGAGUCGUGCAGGUCAAGGAACAGGCACCAGCACAACACCUAAAGCCCCGGAUGAGGACAAAAUCAAAAUGAUUUUGGAGAGAACAGGAUAUCCUUUGGAUGUAACUACUGGACAAAGAAAAUAUGGUGGCCCUCCACCAAAUUGGGAAGGUCCAACUCCUGGCACUGGUUGUGAGGUAUUUUGUGGCAAAAUUCCAAAAGACAUGUAUGAAGACGAAUUAAUUCCGUUAUUUGAAAAAUGCGGAAAAAUUUGGGAUUUGAGACUGAUGAUGGACCCCAUGUCAGGUUCCAACAGAGGAUACGCAUUUAUCACAUUUACUAAUAGGGAAGCUGCACAGCAGGCUGUUCGAGAGCUGAAUGAUUAUGAGAUUCGGAAAGGGAAAAAGAUUGGUGUUACCGUAUCAUAUAACAAUCAUCGCUUGUUUGUGGGAAAUAUUCCAAAGAAUCGAGACCGAGAUGACUUGUUCGAAGAGUUUACAAAGCACGCACCUGGCCUGACGGAGGUGAUUAUCUACAGCUCACCAGAUGACAAAAAGAAGAAUAGAGGUUUUUGCUUUUUGGAAUACGAAUCUCACAAAGCAGCUUCCUUAGCCAAGCGAAGGUUGAGUACUGGACGUAUCAAGGUUUGGGGAUGUGAUAUUAUUGUUGAUUGGGCCGAUCCUCAAGAGGAACCAGACGAACAGACUAUGUCCAAAGUACGUGUGCUUUACGUACGAAAUUUAACGCAAGAUUGUUCUGAGGAGAAGUUGAAAGAAAGUUUCGAACAAUAUGGCAAAAUUGAGCGAGUGAAGAAAAUCAAGGAUUACGCCUUUAUACAUUUUGAAGAUAGAGAUAAUGCUGUUAAGGCAAUGAAUGAAUUAAAUGGCAAAGAAAUGGGUGGAUCUCACAUAGAAGUUUCGUUGGCAAAACCACCAUCUGAUAAAAAGAAGAAAGAAGAAAUGCUGCGCGCUAGGGAGAGACGAAUGAUGCAAAUGUUACAGGGUAGAGGCGGUGGAUCUCCAUCUCACCCGAGCAUGAUGGGAGGACCAAUGCCAGUUCGUGGACCUGCACAGGGACCUCGGGGUACCGGCGCAGGUAUGCGUGGACAGAUGGGACGAGGCGAUUACGGCUGGUCGUGGCCGUGGAGUAGUGCCACGUGGCCGAAUCGGUGGCCCGCAAGCCCGUGGGCCAGUCAGGGGGGGACGCAACCCCGCAGCUUCAGGGGUCCGUGGGGUCCAGCGGCUGGCCGCUCGUGGGGGGGUCCGCGCCAAGGGAAGUUUACCAGGUGAGGAUGCAGGUAAACGAAAAUUUGACGGGGGUCACCAGAACCAGGGGGAAUCUAAGCGUCGCUUCCAGAGCAACUGGGGAAACCAGCCCCUCGCCCAACAACCACUGGGCAAUGCAUACGGAUUGGCGAGUGUGAAUGGUGGCACUGGUGGUGGUGGCGGUGACAUAAGUUUCGGAAAUAGAGCCGGCGCGCUCGGCGGUGUUUCUGGUGAUGAUCACGAAUGGUAUCAAGACUCUUACCAAUCAUGGAGCUAACUUCUACAAGCUUGUGAUGAAAAAAUACGCACGCACGAACAAAUGCAUGAUAGACCGAAGCGAGAAAGAGAAAGUAGAGGAAAAAAAAAGAAGUUAACAUCAAAAAGAGGAGUGUAUGUAUACAUGAGUGUGUGCGCGCGCGAGAGAGAGAGAGAAGGGGAAAGAAAUUCUAUAGACGGAGAGAAGGAAAAGAUCAUCCAUUUAUAUUAUUAUCGCUCUUAAUCAAUUCGAGUAAUUGUAAAUGUUUUUUCAUAUUAAUAAUACGCAGCAACUGUACUCUGCGCCACCACCAUCGCCCGCUGUUGUUGUGAUUAUGUACAGUGAUGUGCCACUGAGACUAAUUAUUACAUCGGAGUGUGACCGCCCACUCACCCCGUACUAUUAUUAUUAUGAUGAUAAUACUAAUCUAAGUACCACUACUGCAUUGUCACAUUGUUUACUGCCAAGUGAUGAAGAUCAGUGAUGUUGACAUAAGGAUUGUGAUGGCUUGUAUUAGUUAAGAGAACUCAUAGAAGCCUGCGGUUUAAUACAUGAUGCUGUUAUGAAUCUACGUGACGAAGCGUGUGUGUUAGAUAAGCUGUGAAACGAAAUAGGUAGCAUGGAAAGGAAACAAAA